GCGACAUAGGAAGCUUCAGUCGUCCCAGUUUUGCUGAACAGCUUGUUAGCUUGUUAGCCGACUUUUACACCUAUUUUGUUCCUACCAUCGCAAUGGAGGUGACGAUGGACCCUUUGUUUCUUGCGUGGAGCUAUUUCAGGAGGCGAAAGCUCCAGCAAUGUUCAGAUAUUUGCUCAAAAAUAUUACAAGACAACCCGUACGACCAGGAGUCAUCCUUGCCUAUCUCAGAGGCUGCAUGGAGCUUAAAAACCCGUGCUCUUACAGAGAUGGUAUACAUAGAUGAAGUUGAGUUUGACCAGGAGGGGAUUGCAGAGAUGAUGUUGGAUGAGAGCUCUAUUGCUCAAGUUGCACGACCUGGAACAUCACUGAGGCUCCCUGGAACAAGUCAGGGUGGAGGUCCCACACCGGCUGUCAGGCCCAUGACACAAUCAGGGCGUCCUAUCACAGGAUUUGUGAGACCCAGCACGCAGUCAGGGCGUCCUGGGACAAUGGAGCAGGCCAUCAAGACCCCCCGCACUGCAAGCACUGCUCGUCCUGUCACUAGCGCCUCAGGCAGAUUCAUCCGCCUAGGAACAGCUUCUAUGUUAACCAAUCCAGAUGGACCAUUUAUAAACUUGUCAAGACUAAAUCUGGCCAAGUAUUCCCAAAAGCCCAGUCUAUCCAGGACACUGUUUGAGUUUAUCUUCCAUCAUGAAAAUGAUGUGAAAAAUGCUUUAGAUUUGGCUGCUCAAGCUACUGAACAUGCUCAGUUCAAAGACUGGUGGUGGAAAGUGCAGCUGGGGAAGUGCUACUAUAGGCUUGGUUUAUAUCGAGAAGCAGAAAAACAGUUUAGAUCAGCUCUCAACCACCAAGAGGUGGUGGAUACAUAUCUCUACCUUGCAAAGGUUUAUCAGCGCAUGGACCAACCAAUAACAGCACUCAACCUUUUCAAGCAAGGUCUGAACCACUUUCCUGGUGAGGUUACCCUUCUAACAGGAAUCGCUCGCAUACAUGAGGAGAUGAACAACAUUUCAUCAGCAACAGAGUACUACAAAGAUGUCCUGAAGCAGGACAAUACUCACGUGGAGGCUAUAGCCUGUAUAGGCAGCAAUCACUUUUACACUGAUCAGCCUGAGAUCGCCCUGCGCUUCUACAGACGGCUCCUCCAGAUGGGGGUGUAUAACUGCCAGCUGUACAACAACCUGGGCCUGUGCUGCUUCUACGCACAGCAGUACGACAUGACUCUGUCUUCAUUUGAGAGGGCUCAGUCGCUGGUGGGCAACGAUGAAGAGCAGGCUGAUGUCUGGUACAACAUAGGACAUGUGGCUGUGGGCAUUGGGGACUUGACACUGGCCUACCAAUGUUUCAAACUGGCUCUGGCUUUUAAUAAUGACCAUGCUGAGGCCUACAAUAAUCUGGCUGUGCUGGAGCUGCGCAAAGGUCGUAUCGAACAGUCCAAAGCCUUCCUGCAGACUGCUGCAUCACUGGCCCCUCACAUGUAUGAGCCACACUUCAACCUCUCCAUUCUCUCUGAAAAGAUUGGAGACCUUCAGAGCAGUUACACUGCGGCCCAAAAGUCUGAGGACUCCUUUCCCGAGCACGUCGACACUCAGCAGCUUCUCAAGCAACUUCGGCAGCACUUUGCAGCGCUGUGAGCGUCCAGCCAGCAUGCCUAGGAAGCUGGGUGUGGUUUGAACAAUGUAGUUGACCAGUAUUAGAGACACAGCAGUGCAGGCUCCAAAACACGAUGUUAUUAAAAUGCUAAAAGGUUGGCAGGUUAGUCAGACAUGGAAAUCAAUGGUAUCAUAUGGAUUUAGUUUUGAUUUGUGUUUAUGUAUGGUACAUGUACACUAAAUUGUCAAUUAUAUCAGGUUGGCCUAUAACAUAGUGUAACAGAGCUGGUUGUUGUAUCCUAUUGGAGUCCUAUGUGGUGCAUUUUCAGAUCAGCACACCAGAGUUGAAUUUGGAUUUAAUUGGUCUCAAUAUGUCAUGUCUUUUCAUUUGCACCUUUUUGGCCAUUCUCCCUUGACCUCUCUGAUCCACAAACUGCAGACUCCCUGGUCACUGGUAGUUCAUUUUUCAGUUUAUCCUUGCAUCAGCAGGGUUUGAAAAGGCCCAGAUGAGAGCCAUUUGAGAAGGGCUAGAACCAAAACGCCUAGCUCCAGUAGUUUAGUUAACAUUUACAUUUAUUUAGUGUAUGUAAUGAUUAAUGUCUGUGACAUUUGCAAGAUUAAUGGUUUCCUGAUAAACUGGUAACCUUGUGUACAGACCUAUAUAGCAGUAAUACAUUAUGUACAUAGUAAUGGUAAAUAUUUUAUUUAUCACAGUAUGAUUAACUUACAUUUUAUAGUUCAUUUCAUAAAGCAGAUGUAUCUUUCGUAUUUUAACCUUCCUUGAUGUGACAAUAAAAAGAACAAUUCAGAACAUGUGUAAAAGUCUCAAAAGCGGAGUUCUUCCACCAAACAAUUAAAUGAAAACUAAAUAGUAUAUUUUAAGAAAUCAUAUUAACUUGCAGACCUUGGUGUCAUUUCACAAAUCCAUUUCAGUUCGUGAUUGCAUGGAGCAUCAUUCCAGGCCUUAAAGGGGUUGAUUUGAGGAUAUGUAGCUGCACAGUCUUCGUUACCCUGGUUGUUGGGUUCUCCAUCAUUCCAGUACCUGAAACAUAUGAGACGUUACUUUGUUGAGUGUGCUGUGACAACAAGUUAUCUCUUGCAUGUUUUAAUGUGUAACUGUUACCCCUCAUUCAGUCUUGUUCCAUCCAGCCAUUUCCAAGUCCCCUCCUCCUCCACAUCUCUCAAUCCGAUCCAGAAGCCACUGUAGACUGUGGGUCUCGAGGGGUCUUGAUAAUUAUUUAUCAAGUCACUUAUUGCCAGCUGACAACACCGGGAGAUUACACACACACACAUACAUGUUGUUCAUUUAUUUUGUUAGCUUCUAUUUAGCACCGACCUAUUUUACUGCUCAGAAAUAACAUAAAGCGUUUUUAAAGGAGUGUUGACUAACUGUUUAGUCUUACAUGUUUCUCUCUGCUGUCUAUCACUGCUAUUUCGCCUCCUUGUCUCAUGCAGAACUGUCUGGCUUCCUGCCAUGAUCUGCGCGAAAGAGCAUCAGAGAAAGCGAAGAAGUAACACACUGAGUUCAUGUAAGUCCAUCCUGGUAGACAGUGUCUGCAGCCCUCCUCUGUUGCCAAAAAAAAUAUGGAAACAUGAUGUGUUGUUAGCUGGGUCACAAUAAUUAUGUGUUUAUAUCACGAUAACACAAACAGUAAGAAAAAAACCUCUCACUCAUCAUCGGCAUGUGGGAUUUCAAUGCUGCAAUUUCCAUUCGAAUUUUGUCAAUCAGCUUUUCGUAGUCUUUGCUUCUUCUCUUCUGGUGUUCAAGCUCCCACUUGGUUAGUUGCUGCCCACUGAUUUCUCUUGCCAACUGAUUCUUGAUUUCAUCCCUGCGUUGGAUUGCAGUGUUGUAAAUAGCCUGCAAUUUGGCAAUCUCACUGCUUAUGUCCGUUACUGCGUUCUGCCCAACAGUAAGUUUGCUAUCUGUAAGUUGUGAAGACAGAGUUUUGUCUCAGUUUAAGUUUAAAAAAAAAAAAGCAUAAAAAAUUUCCACUUUUUACAGUACAUACACUCUAUAAAUUACCUACAGUAUACAUUUUAAAAAGUCAAACAUGGACACAGGAGUAUGAGUAGAUAAAAGUGAAAUUGACGACGUUUAUUUGUGAAUAUUAUUGGUACACAAGCAUUUGACAUUUUCAUAAAUGUAUUAAUUAUUUGACUGUAUUCUUUUAAAUGUUUUUGUCAGUGAGGAUUGACUUUACAUGCACAGCUAUAGAAAGUUUGAUUUAUAGUAUUUUAUUAUAAUAGUGUACAUGUAAUUUUUGUCAUUCAACGUUGGGUCACAGCAUGGCACUACUGAGCUACAAGAGAUACUGCAUGUGUGGUGGCCCUGGUUAAUGUAAGUCAGCGAGAACCAGAACUGACAGUGAACUACAUACUGUGUUCCCACCAACACACACAUUAUACGUUUAUCAAAGUAUAAACCUUUAACUGGUCUUACUUUUAAACUGUUUUUACUUUAGCCUACAUUAACUUGCACUACUGAUUUUUGUAAUCGCUUGGGGGCAAUGGAAACAAGCUGUAACGAGAACUCACCAACUUAUAAAGGUGACAAGGAAAACUUGUUAGGAAACAGUCGCUAGCAAACACAGAACAACAUAAACAUUCAUUUGAAGUUGUAUUUGUGUCCUCUUAAUAAAUGGAAGUCCAACAUUCA